AUGGGUUCGAACAUUGACCUACCCACCGUUGCGGAGAUUGAGGCAUCGACUGAUGUCCUCGGUAUACGAACCAAUUCCAUUAAAGUGGUUCGAGUGAGAGAACGCUUCACGGUCAAGAUUGGAUAUGCGAUUCCGCCUGUAGAGGCAGAGAACAUGAAAUUUGUCGCAGCCAACAGCAUGGUUUCCGUGCCAAAGGUCUAUGCCAACUUCGUCGAUGCAGAGAACCGAAAAAGAUAUAUCAUUAUGGAUUUUAUCCCUGGGGCCGACUUGCAAAAACUACACCCGUCACUCACCCCAGCCGAGAAGAAGACGGUUAGCAAGCGGAUCAAAGAGACCUUCGACGAAUUACGAGCAAUACCAUCACCGGGGUACUUUGGAAACUUGAAUGGCAUGCCUUACCUCGACGGUGUUUUGGCAACGCCAGAUAACAACCCAGUUAUUUCUGGGCCAUUCACGAAUCAAGAACAGAUGAGUCAGGGAAUAUUGAAAAGGCUGGGCCAAACGCAAUCACCGCACUACAUUCGCUUAGUGCAAGGAAUGGUCGACCGAACCCUCGAGGACCAUCGAAUUGUUUUUACCCAUGGAGAUCUGCAGCCGAAGAACGUAAUGGUGGAGCGAACGGUCAACAAUAAUGGAGAUGCAGACUUCAAAGUGACUCUUAUUGACUGGAAUUUGUCGGGCUGGUAUCCCGAGUUUUGGGAUUUCUGCAAUUCGACAAUACAUUGUCAAAGGAAACCAGAUUGGGUUGAGCUCAUUCCAGACAUAUUUGAUCAGUACCCGUUGGAAUAUCUCAUGAUGCAACUUGUCUACUCGAUGGUCUUUUACUGA